UACACCUCGUCAGAGAACAUGGAGUUGUGUGUUCACACUGAAGAUGAUCCAGACAAGGAAGGUCUGGGGCUAAGGAUGAUGGGUGAGGAGACCAAGAAAGUAGGCAUCAAUGGAGGAGACACCUCGGAGGUGCCGGAAGCCGAUUCCAGACCCAGUUCAGGGUUUUACGAAACCAGCGACAUGGGUUCCCUCUCGGAUUCAUGCGCCUCGGUGCACAGCGACGGACCUGGGGCCUCGCGAUGUAGCAUCGGAUCCCUCCCUCACCUCCCCGGAUUGCGCGAGAACGGCUUAAUCCGGCCACGGUCGACGGACGAGGCGGCCGUCCGGCUCCUUGACCUCCGAUUGCAGCGCCUGACCUUGGCAAACAUCGCCGGGACCGACAACCGACGUCCGGUAUCCACCGGUGACCUUGAGUUCCUGUUGGGCCUUGGGUCCCUGCCCCUCCCGAGGCCUCCGAAUUUUCAGCUUCUACGGUACAAAUCUGACCUAGUCUCCCGAAACACCAACGAAGUCUACCACUACCCCAGCCCUCUGCACGCCGUAGCCUUACAGAGUCCUCUCUUCACCAAUGGACUCUCUCAAAGUUCGUCCCAGGAAGAUCUUGACGAGACGCCCACAAAGGUUCCCCGAUCCGACUCUCCCAAGAAAGACCCCCACUGCUCCAGAGAACUGCCGAGGGUCCGCUUGGACCAAUACAUGGCGAAGUUAGUGCUGCGUUAUAAGUGCCGCACAGCGGCAAGUCGUACCGAAUCCGGAUACCUCGUGGGGAAUCAGAAGAGUUUAUCCAUGACGUCUAUCUGUAGCUCUGGACAGGUGGCCGGUCAAGUCCUCGGUCCGAUUCCAGGAUGGAAGAUUCGACGGCGCAUCUCCACCUGCUCUCACUUGCGUUCUCCAGAAGGUUCAGACGGAGCACGAGAUUCCCGGGUCCUGGAUGGGUUGUGGGACUUCCCGCCGUUCCCAGAGAUCAGCUCGUUUCAGUCAAGUACAGCCAACCUUGUUAAACCGAGCGAGUCGUCUGUGACUUCCCUCUCUUCGCCCCAGGAUCCUUCGGUCAAAUUCGUCCUGAACAAGCAAUCGGCCACGCCGGAUCGAAAAAUUUGGGCCGCAGGGCCCCAGCAACAGAUAACCAAGACAGAGACCGCUUUCAGAAAAGAGGCCUCUUUGCCCCGGGCCACGAUAAAUGUUGACAAGCUAUACAAAGGCAAACACGCUUCGCGGGAAUUGGUGAAAACUCCGGAGAAAGGAGAGAAAGCAGCCGAGAGAAGCUGGUUGAGUCCCCGCGAAUUGCUGCGCAGAUUAAGUCUCCGGCGCAAACCGUCGUCCCGCCCAGUAGGCAGGGCCCGAGCCAGUUCGGAAAUGAACGUUCACGCAGCCGCCGGGCUGGUGUGUGCCAGCCAACUUCAAACCAACCGAGGCAAGGCCAUCAAGCCAAAAUGGACGUCGGUCCUGGAAAUUUCCAGCAAGUCCUCCGGACGGCAUCGUGCCAAAGCGGGGACGUUCCUUCCGCCGGUGAUUUUGAACCGCAACCUUGCCUUUUCCUCCGACGCUCCGGCAACUUUCUGCUUCCCGGAGGACAGCCAUUUUGACCUGCCACCUCGGCAGCGGGCCAGACGUCCCGGCAAUGGAUGCAGGCUGAGCGAGGUGGAAGCGACCAGCGCUGUCAGCCUGAACGGGGACUGGAUGUUCCACCACCAACGUGGAGACCGAUGGCUGCACGGCUCCGCCACUUUGGAUUCGUCCGAUUUGCCCCCUCACAACUUUAAGCUUCGACGCAGCCGUUCUUUCAAAGAGCUGAAAAAGAUGGUGUCUCGCUCCUUCAAGAGUUCCCGAACUGCCAAAUACUAGAGGAAAAAAA